GUAUUACUGAAGUAACAGGAACAAGAAAAAAAAAGGAAGAGAGAAGAUAUGAGAGCGAGAAGGAUAGCAGUUAGUUAGAGAGUGAGGGGGACAGCUUCAACAAAUCAUUCUGUCACCAGCUAAUCAUUUGGUUUUCCAGAGAGAGGGGACUGAAACAAGAUUGAGCGUCGAGCCUGAAGGAGGUUUAGGGUUGAGUGAGUGAGAGAGAAAGAGCAGAAGAGGAGGUGUGAAGAGCGUGUUCAUCACGGCUUGAGGCAUAAAUGUGGCCAAGCAGGGAAGGUGGAGAAGAAAAAGAGGAAAAGAGGGAGUGGGAUUGCAACCCGAUACCAGGACUUACACACUGCCGGCAGUGAAAAUGCUCGCCUCAUUAUAACUUCAACUACUGCUGUUGCUACUGACGCUUCGUUUUUAUCCAACACUCAUUGUUCUGGACUGUUUUUUUUUUUUUUUUUUACUUUCGUUUCCAAUUUUAAAGUCUGUUUCUCCAAAGAGACACAGAGAUUUGUUUGACUGUUACACCACUGAGCAAAGAAUCUACAAGGCUGUAUCAGAACCACUGGGGUAAUCUAUCUAGGAAUCACAGGGUCAUCAGAUCAGAUCGAGAGAUUCACUGCAGGAGCAAAAAACGAGGGCUUUUUUGAGAGGCUUUGCUGACUACAACCUGUCAAAGUCUGCACGGAAAGAAGAAGAAAAAAAAAACAGUUUGUCUAAAAAGCACUAACAAGCGAACAGACUUGUCAUUGUGUCCACACAGCAGCCUUUCUCCUGAGAGCAAGAAGUCUCCAGGACUGGGAGAGAAAGACGGUGAUUUCAGGCAGCAGUAUUGAACAAGUGCUUCUGUGUGCGAGCUUAGAGAACCUAGAGAAACACAGAAAGCUACCCAGCUCAGUUGACGUUUUGAGUAAAUGCAUAUGUAUUUAGUGCUUAUUUGUGUUCAAGUGUGGCCCUGACAUCAUAUGUGUUCAGACCCUGGGGAGCACUGCGUUGCGUCCACCCUCUGAGUAAGUGUGUGUGGGUGAGACAGUGCGAAAAAGCGUGGGACGGAUUGGUUCAUUUGGCAGAACCUGCAGUGUGGAACUCUCCACCUUCGGAUGUGUACUGUCUGGACCAGAAGACAAACAGACUCUGUGUGUACUGGGAUUCCCCUCCACUAAUACAUCCCAGCAAUUAUUGACUUCAAUAUUACAGGUGCUUUCCAUGACCAGGUGCUUUGUUGUCGUCAUCAUUAUUAACAUCACGAAACAUCCGAGCAUCUCCUUGCCAAUCAGCUGCUGACAGUUUCAACUCUGCCACACCAGUUGUCAGCCUUACCUGUUGCUUUCCAACUGAGCUGGGUACAUUUCAGCACUAAAUCACCAUCACCAUGAGGCAACUUUGUUUAGCACUAGCUGUUGUUUGCAUGGCAACUGUAAUCGGGGCCAUGUCCACCUGCAAGACUUUGGACCUAGAGGUAGCGAAGAGGAAGCGAAUCGAGGCCAUUCGUGGCCAAAUCCUAAGUAAGCUGCGUAUGGCUAAGGAGCCUGAACCUGAAGAGGACACCAAAGAAGAGAGCAUCCCAGAAAAUAUCAUCUCGCUCUACAACAGCACAGUGGAGACCACCAGGGAUCAGCAAAACGAACAGGCUCCCGCCUCAUACCAGCAGGAAGAAGAGGAGUACUUUGGCAAAGAGAUGCAUAAAUUUGAAAUGACUAAGGGGGAGAGUAAUGGAACAGGUAAAAAGCAGUUGUACUUUAACAUCAGUGAAAUCAAGCAGAGUAUCCCGGACUACAGGCUGCUGUCACAGGCCAUGCUCAGGCUACGUGUGAAAGAGACUUCAAUCCAAAAUGGGUCCCCACAGAGACUGGAGAUCUAUAAGGGUGUGGGCAAUGCAGCAAAAUACCUGGACUUCCAUGAAAUCACUAAUGAUUUAAAUAAUAAAUGGAUAUCCUUCAACGUGACAGCUACAAUCAAAGAGUGGCUCCAGUUACCCGAAAAUGAACAAGCAUUUGAGCUGAGGCUGUAUUGUGCAUGUGGGAUGCCUUCGACUGAAUUCAAAUUUACCGUAUCAGGUAUAAAUGAUCGAAGAGGAGACACAGGUCCUCUAGCCAGUUUUAUGCCCAAGCCAUACAUUUUGGCCAUGUCUGUUCCUUCUGAUGGCCAUAGCCACUCAUCACGCAAAAAACGAUCUCCUGCUGCAGAACCAACAUGUGAUGAAAAAACAGAGACCUGCUGCAUGCGGAAACUCUACAUUGAUUUCCGGAAGGAUCUUGGGUGGAAAUGGAUCCAUAAGCCUAAAGGAUACUUUGCCAACUACUGCAUGGGCUCAUGUGCCUACAUCUGGAAUGCUGAGAACAAAUACUCACAGAUUUUAGCCCUUUACAAGCAUCAUAACCCCGGUGCGUCGGCUCAGCCAUGCUGUGUACCUCAAGUCCUGGAACCUCUUCCAAUCAUGUAUUAUGUGGGCAGACAAUACAAGGUGGAACAGCUGUCCAACAUGAUCGUGAAAAACUGCAAGUGCAGUUAAAGGUUUUGAAGUUCCUUCAGCUCAAGUUCUCUUCCACACACACACACACACACACACACACACACACACACAGAAAGAGAGAGUGCAAGAGCACUGUGUCCAAAGAGAAAUGAAAAGACACCAGAAAGGAGGGCCUUUUGAACUUCUGAAUCCUAGUCACCAAAAACAACUUAGUAGACUUCUCUGUACCAUAGCAAAAGAAAUGCUUUAUUUCAUCUUACUAUUCAUUUCAAUAUUAUAUUAUAAUUAUUAUUAAUUUAUUGUUGCUAAGGUCAAGUUGCUUUGUAUCAUGUCACGUAAACUACAUGGCAGAUAGUAGUACAGUGCUGAUUUCUAUAUCCAUAUGGUGCUGUUCAAAAAGACAAGGACAAGAAACGUCGGAGAACAGUCCGUCCAGAGUGUGAGGAAAAUAAAUAAAUGAAUGUGCUUACCAGCAAAUACCAAGAUGUUUGCACUAAAUUGUGGACUCGGAAUUCCUAAGGGACAGCAAUGAUGGACCACAAGGAUUGUUGAACUUAAUUUUCAAAAAACUACUUCUCAUUGUAUGGAGGCCAGUUGAUGAGCUUUUGUGUGGCCCAGAGGAACCUCCAGUCAUUAUUUUGGACAGCUAUGUGUGAAAUCUCCUUACCAACAAAAGGGGCUUUUACUUCCUUGACUGAAGUGUUCAUUGUGCUGUUAUUAUUAUUAUUAUUAUUAUUAUUAUUAUUAUUUCAGGAAAGCACCCAUCCUGUGAUUGAUUUUUAUAAUGUAUAUUUUUACUCAAAGUAAAGUCCAAAAUUUUAUUUAGCUAGUGUGCACUUAAAUGUAUCUAGCCUCCAUAUCAGGAUACAUAUGGAGGCUAGAGGGUGCACAACUAGUAGUUUUUUUGUACUAGUCGACCAAUGAUUCAGAUGGUAUUUGAUUAGUUUUUUUUUGUUAGUUAAAGCAACAGGACAUCACUAUUUCUUUUGUGUCUGUGUGUGUCUGUUUGUGUCUGUGUGUGUGUGUAUGUGUGUGCUUCAAUCUGAAUUUCAGUUGAAACCAAUACACCAUAUUACACUUCCAAUCUCAAAUCUUUUAACGCUACAUGACUAACAAAUUAAUACAAUUCAAUUACUUGUACAUACUUGGUAUGUGCGAGUUAUAAGUCUGUGUAUCGUGUCAUACACUAAAAUGGUGGCUCGCCUUAAUCCUGGAAAAGAGAGCAAAAAAAGGAAGCAACAUUAAAGUUUAGUAAUUUAUGGAGGUAAUUUAUAUUAAUGUCUACAGAAGUGUCCGAGAGGUAUUUCCAAAAAAACAUCCAAAACGUAGCAUCCAAAAACCCCAACUGUGAAUCUGUCUCAGUUGCUAGCAUGCAUCGCUGACUGACUCUAAAUCUUGCAAUCUGUGGCUCUGAAAACACUCUUUCACCUAACAAUGGUCAGAAUGGAAUUCUAGAAAUGGAAAUACAUUGCAUAAAAAAACUCUUAAUAAUUUAAUCCAAAAAUCUUCUACUUCAUGGAACAUGUUACGGUAAAAAAAUAAUAAUAAUAAUACAACUUGAUAAAAAGAGUGAAAAAAAAACAGUGUCACAUAAUGUCACAUUUAUUCACAGCAGCAAUAAUUUCAUUAGUCUAUACAACCCCUAGCGAUGCCCUUCAACUAUUUUCCCCAAACCAGCCAUUUUGUUUUGCACAAGCAGAGCAGGGCCUGUGCAUGGUCCUUCACCUGUGUUUAAUGUGCAUGUCUCUGUUCUUUGUCCAGUGGAGAGAGUGAGUUUUGAGUGCGUCUCUUUUCUCUGAAUAUGGCCUUGAUGCGUUGAUGUGUAUAGCAAACAUAGCAGGAGUAUUUAUAGUGGCAGUCUGCUUUCUUUCUCGUUCCCAAAUGAAAAGAGCCGCUUGUGGGGUUGCUUUAAGAGCACAGUCCGGUGUGUGACACAUCCUACAUCAAUACACAUACUUCCUACAAAAACCAACAUUCUGGGACGGAAAGAUUUUUUGACCUCAUAUAGAGGUGAAAUAUAAUAUUUGUGUAGGAUGUUUUAGAGUGUUUUUUUUAAAUAUUAUUAUUAUUGUUGUUGUUUCAUUGUAGAGUCGUUUUUCAUUGUAUUGUAAUGUAUGAAAGGUGUUUUUCUUGUGUAAUUCUUGUGUUAGAUCAUUUGAUUUCAGUUUUUAGAAGCUUGUGGUCAUAAUUCAUAUUCUUCACAGUGAUUAUAUAUCAUCUACUGGUUUAUAUUUGCACCAACUUUGUUCCAUUAUCUUCACACACCGCUGAAAUAAACCAAAGAUUUACUGGAGGGAUGCAAGCAAAA